UGAUUCCACACCUUUGCUCAUGACGCAAACAACGCUGCUUCAGUAUGAAGCCCCCUGGCCUGUCCAUGCCCUUGACUGGUGCAAGUCGGUUGCCCCGGGUCACCAAUCACGCGCACGAUCAGCCUUUCGAUUAGGGAUAGCCUCGUUCUCCGAAGACUACCGCAACAGGAUCGCGGUCGUGGGCCUGCAGGACGAGCGCGUGCUCGUCGAGGACGACUACACCGACUACCCGGACUUCGUCACGCUCACCGAGGCGGGGCACGGCUACCCGGCGACGAGCCUGCAGUGGCAGCCCGCGAGCACGAGCGGGUACCAGUGGUCGGGCAAGCACCCGUCGACGGAGCUGCUCGCGACGACGGCGGACGCGCUGAGGGUGUGGGAGUACAAUGGAGACGCGCCCACGGCGGGGUCGGCGUAUGUUGGGCGGCAGCCGACGGCGGGAGGGCACAGGUUGAGUCUCAAGACGGCGUUAUCGGGGCAAUCCAAGGUGCAGAACCAGUCGGCGAGCGCGCCGCUGACGAGCUUCUCGUGGAACGAGAAGGCGCCGGCGCUGGUGGUGACGUCGAGCAUCGACACGACGUGCACGGUGUGGAACAUCGAGACGACGACGGCGAUCACACAGCUCAUCGCGCACGAUCGCGAGGUGUACGACGUCGCGUGGCUGCCCGGCUCGACGGACAUCUUCGUCUCCGUCGGCGCAGACGGCUCCCUCCGCGCGUUCGACCUCCGCUCGCUCGAGCACUCCACGAUCCUGUACGAGACGCCCGCGCCCAAGGGCGCCGCGGCGGCGGCCGCGGCGCAGUCUGCCAGCGGCGGUGCUGGCAGUGGUAGUGGUGGAGGCGGCGCGGGGGGAAGCGGGAAGCUGGCGAGCUCGCCGCUGCUGAGGAUCGCGUUCAACCCCGCGGACUCGAACUACAUGUCCACGUUCCACAUGGACGGAUCCGAUAUCCAGAUCCUCGACAUGCGCAGCCCGGGCAUGCCCGUCAUGGAGCUGCGCGGGCACCGCGCGCAGGUGAAUGCGAUGGGCUGGAGCUCGCCCGAGAACCCGCUGCUCGCUACCGCAGGCGACGACUGCCAAGUCCUUCUCUGGGACCUCGCCGGGUACACCCAAAACGCGACCUCGCCGCGGAACCCGAGCGGCAGCGGCGGAGGCGGCGGCUCCUCGCGGCUCAACUCGCCCCGCCCCGACGUGAAGAAGCGCGUGAUCACGGACCCGGUGAUGGCGUACUCCGCGCAGGGCGAGGUCACGAACCUCGCGUGGUCACCGCAGAUCCCGACGAUGACGAUGAAUACGGGCCAUAUCACGCCGCCGGGCGAGUGGCUCGCGCUCGCGAGCGGCAAGUCGAUCAAGGCGCUUAAGGUGUGAGAGAGGACGAGAGACGGGAGGGAGGAAGACGGAAAGAGGCAAGGGCUUAGGAAGAGAAAAUGUCGAGAGUGAGAUGAACGGUGGGGUGCCCCAAGUCCUGACUAGAGCCCACAUUUAAUGUCCUUUUUUGCUAAACGCUAAACCUCUGGCACGCUUGUAGAGAACUUUUGCCUCGAGUUAUAGCCUUGACUGAUUGAAUGCGUAGGGUGACGUCUAUACCCACAUAUGUUUUGCAGUAUGACAUUGAUGAUACAAAAUUUAACAAGGC